AUGACUUCACAAUCAAUCCUUCAACCCGAUCAAAAAGUUCGUUCCUGGGGCUUCGCAACCGUAUACACGUGGUCCGAUGUCCCAAACACCCACUACCCGCCCCAUUCUCACAAUACCCUUACCACCCAUCUUGUUACUGCAGGGGAAUUGACCAUCACCUAUCCGCGAGAGAAGGAUGCGCGAAAAGUUACCUACGGGGUGGGGGAGAGAGUUGAUGUGGAGAAGGGAAGGGUUCAUGAGGUGUGGAUGGGAAAGGAGGGGUGUACGUAUGUUAUUGGAGAGUAA